AUGCAGUUUAUGUUGCUUUUUAGUCGUCAGGGAAAGCUUCGGCUGCAGAAGUGGUAUGUCCCACUCUCAGACAAAGAGAAGAAGAAGAUCACAAGAGAACUUGUUCAAACGGUUUUAGCUCGGAAACCUAAGAUGUGUAGCUUCCUUGAGUGGAGAGAUCUGAAGAUUGUUUAUAAGAGAUAUGCCAGUCUAUAUUUUUGCUGUGCUAUUGAGGAUCAGGACAAUGAACUGAUUACCCUGGAAAUAAUCCAUCGUUAUGUGGAAUUACUUGACAAGUAUUUUGGAAGCGUGUGUGAACUUGAUAUCAUCUUUAAUUUUGAGAAGGCCUAUUUUAUUUUGGAUGAAUUUCUUUUGGGCGGAGAAGUUCAGGAAACGUCCAAGAAAAAUGUCCUUAAAGCAAUUGAACAGGCUGAUCUCCUGCAGGAGGAAGCUGAAACCCCACGUAGUGUUCUUGAAGAAAUUGGACUGACAUAACUGUCCUCCCUUGCUGAUGACUUCUUGUGGCAUUUCACACACUGUAGAUGGUCACUGCCUCUCAUGUCCAUGUUAGCUAAUGGUAUAAGAUGAUGUCUUGUCAGUAUUACUGUCUUGCUAAGCUGCUUCAUUCAGGCCUACCCAAUUUUUUUAAAGGGAACUUUGGUUAGUCAAAUGAUAAAUUAAGGGACAUAAAUAUGAAUUAGAAAGAUGUAGAAAAAGUAACAUACCAUUUCAGGACAUUUUAAUUAUGUGCAUAUAUCAAAAUGAUAGGUCUGUAUUCAUGUAUAUCCAACAAUUUGGCAAAAUACAUUUACUAUUGUACUUGAAAAAGGAAACUUAAAUUAUGUGAAACCUGGUUUGAUGAAACCAAAGACUAGAGUAGUAUUUCAGUAUAUAUAAGAACAAAGGAAAUUGACACAUCACAGAUCAAAUGAAAGAAAGUUUAUUGAAAAUUGAAGCAACCAAAUUGAUACCAAAGACCCUAAUUGGAUUCAACAUACAUUAAAACAAAGGGAAUAGAUGCUUUUAGAGACCAAACUUACAAUGAUGCUACGUUUCACUAAAAUUCAUUAAGUAUUCUGAAUGGGUGGGACAAGGUCAAAGACUUUCCUAAUCUCGAGCACAUAAUUUUUAAGGACAAGGAACAUUUGACUCCUGAGGUGAAGUUUUAGUGGUCAUAAUCAUAUAGUUACCUAAUAGUUUUCAAGGCCCCAAAACAAAAUAGGACCGUUAAUUACCAGUAUGUUGCUCUGUUCACAAAGUGUUACAUAAAGUCAUUAUCUAAAGCAUGAAUGUUCCUUCUGGGGUGCUUGUUAAAGCCAAAUUUAUUUUUGCUUCCCUGUUGCUUCCUUCCAAUUAGAAGUGCUACAAACUUGACAGCAGCUCCCUUUCCUUUCAUGUCACUGCCUAGUCAUCAGAAGUCUUGUGGAAAUUUAAAAGAUACCGUUCAUAUAGCAAAGCGAGAGUUGAGUGAAGUAAAAUGGCAUUAGUUGGCCCUAUAUUUUUUCAAACUAUAUAAAUGCUCCGCACCACUUUUAUACAUACUGACACAUACCUGAACACAUCUCCCUGGUUUCUAUUUUCCCUUGUAUAUGCUAGGCUGGAGUAAGCUUUGCUGUGAUUGUGAACAACUUCCGAGCCACCUGAACACUGUCUUAUCACAUCACCAAUUAAUGGUAAUAAAUGUUCUACAAACA